AUGGGGAAGGUGGAAAUAGAGGAGGAGAUUCAGGACAUCGCAUGGGAUGGGACAUCAUCUGGUACUGGGAUGACAGCAGAAAAGCUGAGCACACUGCCACAUAAACGGGAUAACCAACUUAUAAAUGAAAAGCAUACAGAUGAAAAGCCUGUGAAAAAUAUUGUUAUGAGUACUGUCGCAGAAUUCAGCAUCACAGAUGCUUCAUCAAAGGAAACCAAAAAUGAGAAGAAAUUGUCAAAUGCAAGCAGAUCAUCCAUUGCUUCCCUGGAGAAAUGCAGAGAGUUCACCUACAUCGAAGAUGAUGCAUCAGUACGUCAGAGAGAUAGUGAUGAUGAAUGCGCAACACUUAUCCUGGCCUGCUUGUUCUGCCAAUUUUGGGACUUUCUUAUAAUGCUGCCUGAUACCUGUGAACAUUGGCUGACAGAUACCUGUUGUCCAUCCAAUAGAUACUACCAGACUUCCAACGAAGACCACACCAACAACGACUGCAACUGUGACUGUGACAUUGAUUGCAGCCUUUUUGAGUCCUGCCAUGAGACUGGUGAAUGCCUGGAACUUGCCAUGGAGAUUUCUGAAGUUUGCUAUCGCUAA